CAUAAUUUAGUUGUACUAAACUGGUAUUACCCAGCUACCAACGCAUGGCAAAUGGCACCGCAAAUAGAUAAUUGCCAUAAGCCAUCUGCUCUAGCUGUUGUGGGAAAUCAAUAUAUAUUUGCUUUAAGUAAUUACAGUAAGUCUGUUCAAAUGCUUGAUAUAAGUUUAAAAUCACCCAGAUGGAUAUCAACUAACAUGUUAGUUAAUCGACAACGUUUUGGAGCUGGUGUAAUAAAUAAUUGUGUAUAUGUUGUUGGUGGAUGUAAUUCUACUGGUUUUUUAAGCAGUGCGGAGGCUUACGAUGUAACUACUAGAAAAUGGCAAAUGAUAUCUGGUAUGUCAACUUAUAGAGAAGGCUUAGGUGUCGGAGUACUUAAUAACAUUUUGUAUGCGGUAGGAGGUUUUUAUCUUGGAUCAGUUUUAGAGACCGUUGAAUGUUAUAAUCCCACUCUUGACACAUGGUCACGAAUUGCCUCUAUGUAUAAACGUCGCCUUGGUGCUAGUGUGAUAGACUUAAAUGGCAUAUUGUAUGUCAUCGGUGGUCAUAAUAUUAAGGAUACUUUGAGAUCUGUGGAAACAUAUAAUCCAAAUGAAAAAAUUUGGACUCCUGUUGCUGAUAUGCACCAGCGUCGAGCUUUUGCUGGAGUAUUUACAUUUGAUGGCUUGUUGUAUGUUUUGGGUGGAAAAAAUACUUGCGGUGUUUUGCAAUCUAUGGAAAUUUACAACCCAGAGACCAAUACCUGGAUAAUGGAAUCGUUAUCAGGAAGUGAUAUUUUGUUAUGUGAUGGAGUAGUUGUUAAUAAGACACCAAAUUUUAGAGCUAAUCCGUGGUCUGACCGUUAUUUAUUUUAA